UGUUAUCAGGUUACUCGGAUGGAGGGCAUUUGCUGGCCAUGUAACGCGGAAAAGGAAGUCCUGGGGAACGCACCCCUCCUUGCCCAGGAGGGGAAAGCCAUGCAGCGCCCAGAGGCUGGGAAGCCUAUUAUCAAAUUCAACCACUGUCAGAAGUACAUCUACAGCUUCAGCGUGCCGCCAUGCUGCCCCCUCUGCCGGCAGGACGUGGGCUCCAGGAAGCUGGAGGAAGCACCUGUCAGCAUCCCUAAUCCGUUUACCGAUGGGCAUCAAGAAGAGUGUUCAUUCCUCCUCAGACCAACUCAAGGGACGUUUCUUAGGGAGUAUGACGGAAGGUCUGAUCUUCACGUGGGGAUAACCAACACAAAUGGAGUCGUGUAUAAUUACACGGUGCACGGUGUCCAGCGAGACGAAGCGGGCUGGGGGCAGAGCGUGAGCAUCCCGCUCCUGCAGCCCGGCAUGUUCGGACUGAUGGACCAGUGGGACAAGUACCUGGAAGACUUCUCCACCACGGGGGCCUGGCUGCCUCACAGGUACGAAGAAGACCACCACAACUGCUACAGCUACGCCCUCAAGUUCAUUAACUGCGUCCUGGCCACACAGGGCGAGGAGCGGCUGGACCGGGACGAGUUCACGGAGAAGUUCGUGAUCCCGAGGACGAGGAAGGCUUCCAAGUACAUCAUGCUCUACCGCAUGAUAGAAGAGCACGGCUUCUACGUCAUCGAGCCCCCUGGUCCCCAGACAAGCCCACGUCCGGGAAGCGGCUCGUGCUGAGCGCGCAUCGCACCUGAGAGCAGACAGGAAGUGACGUCUGGGGGUUCCCGCCUGGAACAGCUACUGGGCCUCUAUAUGUCUUCAACUGUGUUUAAUAAAAAAGAGUUAGACGGCUUCCCUUUACGCAUAUUUCAGCUUACUGCAGUGUAAGAAUUUACGAAAUGAAUAAAAAUUG